GAUAAAUUGUCCUUUAUAGAGUAUCGAAAAGAGAGAAUUCAGGAUAGGUCUUAUAGUUCAGUUGCUGGGACAAAGAGUGCUAAACCCGUUGUCACCUUAGAAGCGGAAAAGUAAUUUUCUGUGGGUAUUUUUAACAUCACAUUCCCACAGGGAUAGUGGCAAACACCAACGUCAUUCUCUUCUUGGACCCGUUUCUUCUCGCCGUUCUUCAGUUCACGCGCUUUCGGUAGUUUUCGACAUGCGUUCUCGAAUAACUGAGCUGAUUUGUGUAUGUUUAUUAGUUUCUUGCCUUACAUGCAAUGCACUGGGGUCAGAAGACCGGUAUUAUCAACCGCUCCAUUAUCAUCAUCGUCAGCGACAAUCAAGAUCGUUAGUUGAAGAGCAUGGCGAUCAUCCAAGUGCUGUGGAAAAGAAAUUUGAUCAUCAUAUUUACGUUCAGAAACUCUUCGACAAAUAUGGCAAAAACGGGGUCAUUACAUUUAAGGAGUUCAAACAGUUGUUAGACAACCUCGGCAUAGGGAAAGUGUUGAUAGACCAUAAUUUAGAACCUCAUUUUGACGACCAAAUGAGGUUCCAUAAAACUGUUGAAAAUAAUCAUCAUGAAUAUGUGUUGAUUAAAAAACAGAAAAUAUCAUAUGGUCAUGAGAGAGAACAUGACGAUAAAGAGAACGCCAACCUCAGUCGAACCAUUACAGAAGGACAUUCUCCAUUACAUAGUCACGAGUUUGAAGAGUUAGUGGACAACAAAACAGAUGAAACAGAUGUGUCGGAUCACCACCAGCCAUCAUGGGUUGUAGGUGGUAGAUGUUUGACAACAUCUGAACUUUUGAGUACUUUUGAUCUCCAACCUGAAGAGAAAAUAACACCUGCCGAUUUUCUUAACUUCUGUCCUGCCAUCAUUUAUGAGCUUAAUCAAGAACAUUGCAAAAAAUUACCUAUUUAUAAUUCACAUGUACCAGUGCAUCAUGAUCAUGAAAAAGAAGAUGUGGAGACAAUUCAUAAUCAUCUUUCUUCAUCUGUUUGGGGUUAUGCUUCUAUUGCUGUAAUAACUAUUAGUUUAUGUGGACUGUUAAGUGUAGCAGUUAUUCCUGUCAUGCACAAGUGGUUUUAUCAUGCAUUGUUACAAUUUCUGGUUGGCCUGGCUGUGGGGAGUUUGUCAGGAGAUGCCCUUCUACAUUUGCUACCUCAUGCAAUGGCCGGAGAUCAUAUUCACAGUCAUGUAGAAGAGCAUCAUAAAAGUGAAGAAUCCAUUCUGAUAUGGCGAGGUUUGAUCGCCCUGAUUGGAAUUUAUAUUUUAUUCAUUGCAGAAAAAUUAUUAAACAUGUUUACUGGUUAUUGCCAAAGAAAAAGGAGUUCCAAGGGUGCUCAGUUGCCUAAUUUGCUGGUUGUGUUUCGUAAAAUAGACCGAGAACGCUGUCGAGCAGUUGGAGAAAAGUUGUCCCAUCACAGACAGAGCUCUUACGAUUACACUGCAGAUCCAGCUGCUCUGAAGGAUCUGGAGAAAUUGCAAACUUAUCAAGAAGAUGGAAAAGAGAAAGAAGAUAAGAGUUGUUGUGAGCAACUUACUAGGAAAGAUUCAUUUAAUCGCUGUGAUGACAACUCUUUUACUGUUGACCCAUGUGAAGCUAUUCAUGAAACCUCCAACUGUGAUACAUCAGGGGCCAUAGAGAAGAAGAAAGUUGAGAAAAGAAAUUCUCUCACGCCACUGGAUGACAACUGUCAUGUGAUGAUGGAGAAAAACAUAAUUCCUGCUGAAGAAGAAUGUCACAGGGAAACAUUGGUGUUUCGUCAUGAUUCCACUGACCACAGCUAUGUGGUCACAAUGACUGACCAUCAUCACCAUCAGGGAAUGCAUGGACAUAACCACGAUAUACCUUCCUCUGUAUCAGCUGUUGCUUGGAUGGUAAUCAUGGGUGAUGGGCUUCACAACUUCUGUGAUGGAAUGGCAAUUGGUGCUGCAUUUUCCUCUGGAAUAUCGAGUGGAUUAAGUACAACAAUUGCUGUUUUUUGUCAUGAACUACCUCAUGAACUGGGUGAUUUUGCCAUGUUGUUAAAAGCAGGGAUGUCUGUGAGGCAAGCCUUAUUCUAUAAUGGCAUUUCUUCUUUUCUGUGCUUUUUCGGAAUGGUGAUUGGUUUGGCCAUUGGGAAAAUUAGCACGGCUAGUAUGUGGAUCUUUGCUGCAGCGGCUGGAAUGUUUCUGUAUAUUGCCUUAGUAGACAUGCUUCCUGAACUUAGUGUUAGUCCAAACCAGCUCAAGAACAGUAGCAGAAACCAGUUAAUCAUUCAACUUUUUGGAAUAUCAUUUGGUAUAACCAUCAUGUUGGUUAUAGCAUUGUAUGAACAUGAUUUGAUGCAAGUUAUCAGUUGAUAUACAUGGCCCCCAAAUGUAUGUAUUUUUGGGUGUAGAGGGGUUUUCCAACUAGUGAGGAUGAAGGUAAGGGAAAUUAUAAAAAAAUAUGAGGAGGUAAAACUUGAAAGCGAGUAUUUUUAAAUGUUAUAUGAGGUGAUUAAGUUAGAAAGAAAGAAAAAUGUUACAAUAUUACAGGGGAUUUUGUGAUAUAUAGACAUAAAUUUUUUUCUAAAAUAUAAAACAUUUUAGAUCAUUAUAAUUGCUUUUUUUUGCACCUGACUCCUUCUGCUGGUUGUAUAUUUUGUAUCUUACAAUUUAUUAUAAAAAACAAUUAUGAAAUAAUAUCUUGUAAUUAAAAAAAAAAAUGCACCCAAUGAAAUAAAAUGUACGUAGAUAAGUAAGACAAUCGAAGAAGUAUGUUCAAUUUUAUGUGAAAUGUGUAGAGAGAACAUAGAGAUAAGCUUUAGAAAAAAUCAAGAAGAAAUAUAAAAGGAUUAUUUAUAAAAGAAACAUCACAUUCAUGGUGUUAUUUAACAAUCCCUGUGUAAAAAUGGUAAAAUAUGUGUAAUGAUGGUGAGUUAGGAGCAAGUUAAGCUGUUGCUCCUAACUGUUAGAAGUCCGAAAGAUGACCUUGAAUAAAGUUAGAUGAUAUUGACUAAUACACCCAAACAUAAGCCGUUAAUCUCGUUUGAAGGUCAGUCAAUGAUAAUACACAAAACUCAUCAUAAUAUCAUUGCAAGUUUUCUGAUCCUGCAUUGAAAAUAAUGUAGACUAUAGUUGUAACAAUUGAUAAUAUAUAUAUAUUUGCUUUUAAUCCCUGUCACUUUAAAAUCAAUAUAUACAUAUAUAGAAUUUUUUUGAUGAACCUUUGAUAAGAAUAAAACACUUCAAAAAUGCAUGUAAUUUGAAUAUCAUUAUAAUUUCUACAAGACCAUAUUUAGUUCUUACCUCUUAACAUGUACUGGCCAUUAAUUGUCUUAUGCUAAAAAAUACAGGAAUGGCAUAUAUUUAUAGGAAUCUGGGAAUCAAAGUAUAAUAAAUUAUGGAAAUCCCACACCAGAAUAGAAAUAGGAACAAAAGUUAACAUAAACUCAUUUUAAAAGAAUUUUUGGAGACAUGAAAUAAGAACUUCCAAAAAAGAAAAUUAAUAUGGUAUAAUAAAUUGAGGCUAUAAGAUUAUUGCUUGGGCAGUAUCUUAAUUUAAAAUUAAAAAUAAUUUGUUUGCUGUUUUCUAUAUACAUUAACUUGAAAAUACUGUUCAUUUUAUAACUUACAAGAUAUCAUAAAUUUGAGCUUUAAAAACCUUUUUUUUUUUUUACUACAAAAAGUUUUGGAAGUUUAGGAAAAUUCAAUGAAAUAAUGGAAAACACCUGGAGUUUUAAAAAUAUGAAAAUAAAAGACAUUUUUAUCUGAUGGCCUGUGUAUAGUACUUCUUAAAAAAACGCAUUGCUACAAAAAAAAAAAAGAAUUGAGAUAGCAGAAAAGUAAAAAAAAAAGUAGGUAGUUUUUGAUUGAAGGAUUAAGAUUUAUAAAGUUUUAAAUAUUGAGACAAUUUAAGCAGUUGAAAUAUUUGUUUUUAAAAGUGCAUUUUCUGAUAACUUUCUAUUAGACAAUCUUCUUGAGAAUAAAUCUGUUUGUGAUAUAAGAGGUAGGAGUCAAGUUUAAGCUGAUAAUGAGAAACACGAGUGCAUUUAGUUUGUAUUUUGAAUAAAUUACUUUUCUUUA